AUGGAUGAUCCAGUUGCGGAAAUUCCAGAUAUCAUCCGAACCUUAUGCACGGCACCCUCAGAUAUUCAACGAGAUACCAUAGAAUCUUACUUCACAUCCACGGCUUCUUUUACCCACCCGUUCUGCCGGACAGGCAGUAGCCCAUGGUCAAGAUGGCUCAUCACCCAGAUCUAUCGCUGGUACAAGAUUCUCAGUCCCGAGAUUGAUGUUUCGGUCGACAGUGUCGCAUUUGAUCCGGAGAAGCUACUGCUUUACGUUUCCAUUCAUCAGAAUUUCAAACUCUGGGUUGUUCCAUUUUACAAUGCACCCGUCAAGCUGGUCACAGUUCUGCAGCUGGUCAAGGGUUCGACCGAGCCUGGCCCAGAGCCAAGCGUGGUCUAUGAUCCCGUCCUCUCGAAGGGGAACAACCUUGAUAGCAUCACGAAUUCAGCGAUGUUGCCGGACUACGAGCGAGCAGACACCACCCUCAACAAGACUAGGAAGAAAGUGGUCAUCAUUAGUCCCCUGAAUGCCCAGAAAAAGGCGACCGCCAUACCAACUCACAACAGAUUCAGCGUUCUUACCUCUCCUCCAUCUCCAUCUCCUACUCUCGCAAGCUCAAUCUCUGGGGGCGACACCUCAGGCGAGCAGUAUUAUAUCCAAUCACAAAACGACCUCUACCAGACGAGUGAAUGGAUCAAGUUCCUCGUGCCCUGGGGUAUUGGGGAUUUGCUCAUGGUUCUCUGGCAGUUUUUGGCCACUUUCAUGUGUGUCCUUGGUGCGCUGGCCUAUGAUCUGAUCGAUACCCCACGAAGGGCAUAUGGUGGAAUACUUGACCUUGGCAAAGAGACCACGCCAGACACUGACUAG